CCACUGAUGUUUGAGAGGGUGACCUAUGCUGAUCUGCAGUUUGCAGGAAGCCCCCUGGAGAAAAUCCGUGGGGAAGGCAGGAGCCAGCCAGACGGGUUCUCCCAGUGCUCCCCCCCAUGCCUCCCCCCCCUAACCCCUGCUUGUCUUCCAGAGCCGGAUGAGGAGCAGCUCACCUAUGAGAACCUCCAGGGAUCCGGGGCCCAGGAGGAGCCCCCCAGAACUGGCCAGGGGGCUGAAGGCCAGAGUCUUCCUCGGGAGACCCUCCUGAGGGUGGAGGGGCCUGCAGUGGCCCAGGGCAUCCAACCUAGGAAACAGCAGCCUGCUGCCAGGACACAAAGUGCCCUGAUCCCGGGGCACCAGGGCAGCACAGGGUGGAGUCCCCGGACCAGGUGGGCAGCCUUGGGAGUGCUGGCCAUUGUCCUCUUUCUUCUCUCCAUCAUCAUCAGCCUCGGGGUGCAAUACGCACAGGCCUCCCAGCAGCUCCAGCAAGCGUCCCGAGACCACGCGGCAGAGCUCAACUCCACUCUGGUGGCCCUUUGGCGCAGCUGGGCAGACGGGAACCGCACCCAGCAGCAACUGCAGCACCAGGAGCUCCUGGUGGACCAAACCAACCGCAGCCUGGCUCUCCUGUGGAGGGAGAGGGCGAGCCUGACGGCCAACCUCAGCCGGGCCUCCUCCUGCCAGGAGAUCGGCUGCUGUCCCCCGGGGUGGAAGCUCUUCAGGUGGAAGUGCCUGAAGAUCUCUGAUGGGCCGAAACCUUGGGAGUACAGCCGAAAGUACUGCGAAGGCUCCUCUUCUACGCUGCUUAUCCUGAAGAAGCCCUGGGAGGCUCACGAGGUCUGGCCCUCUGAGAGCCCUGAACGAUCAACUCCUUACUGGAUCGGCCUACAAAAAUCAUGGAGCAGCUUCUUCUGGGUCGAUCAAACCGUUGCCCUCGGGAUUUCCGUGAGGGGAUCACGUUAUAAACAAGGCUGCGUGGAACUGCAUGAGGGAGCUUUGAACCUUUGUUCCUGUACUGAAGGGAAGAAAUUUAUCUGCGAGCAGCCUGCCAGCCCUCGGCCAUGAAGGGCACAGGGUGAAGUGGGCUGUUUCCUUUCUGCGGCUUCCUCGCCUUUGGCUCACUGCCAGCUUGCCGGACCCCCCAGGCUCCCCGGUUCUCCCUGCACCUCCUCCCCACAUCCGGGGCUCCGGCACCGGGACUUCAACAGGAGCUACAGUCUCUCCAAAUGAAACCUCUCCCCAAAUUCCCAGGAAGGAGUAGUACAGGGGGAGCUGCCCAUAGCGAUGGCAUUUGAACUCUUGGCCAGACAAGCCCCCUCAGGAGACCCCCUUGCGA